AUGAAGGAAGCAUUCGUCAACAGCGACUACACCGUCUCGAUCAAGGACACGCCCGUCCCCGUUCCAGGACCGGGGCAGGUCCUCAUUCGCGUGGUGGUCUCAGGCACAAACCCGAAGGACUGGAAGAUGGUGGGGUUUUUCCCCAAGGACGGGUCUCCAUAUAACCACGGCGACGAUAUGGCUGGGCACAUCGAGGCCGUGGGCGAGGGUGUUGUUGGAUUCGCAAAGGGCGACAGGGUCGCUGCAUUCCAUCAGGUUAUGAAGCCGCACGGCACCUUUGCCGAAUUUGCGAUUGCGGAGGAUUAUACCACGUUCCAUAUUCCUGAUACGACGAGCUUUGAAGAGGCGGCAACAAUACCCCUAUGUGCCAUCACAGCAGCACUGGGUCUGUACCAGGACAUGAAGCUCCCUCUGCCCUGGAACCCAGCCAGGAAGCAACUCCCACUACUGAUCUACGGCGGCGCAACAGCAGUCGGUGCCUUCGCGAUAAAAUUCGCCCAGCUAUCAAACAUCCACCCCAUAAUCACCGUAGCGGGGAAGGGCAUCCCCUUCGUCAGAACCCUGCUCUCCCCAGAAACGGGCGACGAGGUAAUCGACUACCGCGACGGUGACGAGGCCAUCCGCGCCCAGAUCAAGGCUGCCGCUGAUGACGGGCCAAUCCACUACGCGUUCGACGGUGUCUCGGAGCGCGAGUGUUUCGAGAAUAUCGGCGCUGUGAUUUCGGGGCCCGGUGCAAUGGCUGUCAUGUUCCCGCCGGCGGGUGACUUUACACCACCUGACGGCGUGAGUAUCAGCCAGCCGAUUGCGGGGUCUGUGCAUUUCCCGCCGAGGGAAGGGAACACCUUUGAUCAUGCGGAGUUUGGGGCUGCCUUCUUCCAGCUGAUGGGGAGGGGUUUGAAGCAGGGGUGGUUCCAGGGGCAUCCGUUUGAGGUGCGACCUGGAGGGCUGGCAGGGCUUGAAGGUAUUUUAAAGGAUUUGAAGGAGGGGAAGGCGUCUGCUGUGAAGUAUGUCGUGAGGAUUGGAGAGACGGAGGGCGUAGAGCAGUAG